GAGAACUAUGGGGUAUAAGUUUAUUGCUCCUGAACAUAUUGCUAUUGGUUUGUUGACUGUUGAUGAUGGUAGUGCUGGCCGUGUUCUUCAAAAGUUAGGAGCAAAUUUGAACGAGUUAGCUGAUGUGGCAGUGUCUAGAUUACAAGGAGAGCUUGCUAAAGAUGGAAGAGAGUCUCCUGCAUCUAGACAAACAUUGAAGAAAUCGUCUUUUGGUAAAACAUCCGGCCAAGAAAACGCAAAAGGUAAUCGUCUUGACUCGUGGCCUUGA